AUGAAGUGGUCCUUCAUCGCUCAGCCUCCCGGCAUCAUGAGUCCAGCGAUCUCUCGAAUCGCCUUCUGCAUGUACAUGCUUAAGUUUGUCGGAACCAGUAAGCUAUUACGCAACAUCUUCUACGCCAUCAUCCUGACGCAGCUGCUCGUCAACAUCGGUACCAUGAUCGAGGUACUGAUCUCGUGUCAACAUUACGCGAUGCUCUGGGAUCACAACAUUGCUGGGCGAUGUUGGAGUCCGAAGAUCCAGGCAUAUGUUGGCUUCUUCCAGGGCGCCUGGAACUCACUGUCUGACCUCAUCCUAACGAUUCUGCCCAUCCUUAUCGUCAAAAAGCUCAACAUGGAAGUUCGAACGCGAGUCGUAUUGUGCUUUAUCCUCGGGUUGUCCUUCUUUGCCAUGAUCGCCUGCAUCAUCAAAACCAUUGAAUUGAAAGCACUCGGCGACCGGGUCGACUUCACCUACAGCACCAGUCUUUUUGUCGUAUGGUUCACCGUCGAGCAGUAUGUCGUCAUUAUCGCAGCCUCCAUACCUACAAUUCGCCCUCUGGCUCUUCGACUGUCUCAACGAUGGAAGAACCGCUCCACUCCAAUUAGCUCUACGCCCACAGUGCGCCCACCAGCUGGGCCAGGGCAGCGCAACGCAAGUUUUCGGCCAGAGCGUAACAGCAGGUCAGGCCAGCCACAGACGGAUGGGAGCGGCUCGUCUAAAGAGUCUCACAUAUCGGAGCACGAUGCAUCUCAAGAACCACGUUCAUCCUCCGGAAAUGCCCAUCGCAUCGGAUCAGCGCUCUCCUGGAGCUCUAGCGCCGCCUCGCCCCGGAUCGUGCGGCUCAAUACACCAACCGCGCCUUCAAGAAAUGACUCGGACAAUUGCGUCUCGGCUAUUCUGAUGACGAAACUUGACCUCGAGCCUCCCUACAUCCAUCAGUCGCCAAAGAGUCCGCCUCCAGCAGGAACGAUUCGAAAAACCAUAUCCAUCGUCAUAAGUUCAGAGAGCAGGGACGACGUCUCAAAUCCGCCCACAGGCAUGCAGACUGUGGUGUCUACGGGGCCUGUCACGCCUGCUGCGGCACCUAUCACCAUCGAAAAGGACUCGUGGCCGUGGGAAAAGGAGUUCUGA